UAUGGAAUCCGCUCGCCCGGAUGCCCCAUCUUACCUGCCGUUCGCGCGCAUACAAAUAGAAUCGCGGGCGGCAUGCUUGCGACGUGCUUAGCUCGCUCCCGAACCCAUUGCAACAAGACCUGAGCAUAAGCAAGCUCACUAAUGGCGCCGGUUCACAGCUCGCGCCGCCUCAACGGCGCACUGCUCGCGCUCGCGCUCGUGGCCGCCGCCGUCGUCGCCGACGUCGCCGCGGCGCGAGGGGUGCCCACCGUGGCCGCCAGGCACGAGCGGUGGAUGGCCGAGUUCGCGCGAGCGUACGCGGACGCUGAAGAGAAGCUGCGGCGGCAGGAGGUGUUCGCGGCCAACGCGCGGCACGUCGACGCUGUCAACCGGGCGGGCGACCGGACGUACACGCUCGGGCUCAACCAGUUCUCCGACCUCACCGACGAUGAGUUCCUGGAGACGCACCUCGGCUACCGUCACCAGCACGGCGGGCUUCGUCCCGCGGACGACGCGCCGGCGGCAGCGGUGAACAUGUCCAAGGCUGCCGCUGGCCAUUUCCAGGACACGCCGGACAGCAUGGACUGGAGGGCCCAGGGUGCCGUCACCCAAGUCAAGGACCAACUCUCCUGCGAAAGUUGCUGGGCGUUCGCGGCGGUGGCGGCGACGGAGGGGCUCGUGAAGAUCGCCACCGGCGACCUCAUCUCCAUGUCGGAGCAGCAGGUGCUCGACUGCACCGGCGGCGCCAACACCUGCAACGGCGGUGACAUCAACGCCGCGCUGCGCUACGUCGCCGCGAGCGGCGGCCUGCAGCCGGAGGCAGCCUACGCAUACAGCGGCCAGCAGGGCGCGUGCCGCAGCGGCGGCGUCAUGCCAAACUCGGCCGCCUCCGUCGGCGCGCCCGGGUGGGCGGCCCUGUACGGCGACGAGGGCGCGUUGCAGGAGCUCGCGGCCAGCCAGCCGGUGGCCGUGGGCGUGGAGGCCACGGACCCUGACUUCCGGCACUACAUGAGCGGCGUGUACUCCGGCAGCCCGUCGUGCGGGCAGAGGCUGAACCACGCCGUGACGGUGGUGGGCUACGGGACGGACGGCCCCGGGCAGGACUACUGGGUGGUGAAGAACCAGUGGGGGACGGGGUGGGGCGAGGAGGGCUACAUGCGCCUCGCGCGCGGGAACGGCGCCAACUGCGGCAUCGCCACCUAUGCCUACUACCCGACCAUGGACAGCUAACUGAUCCAUGAACCAUCGAGCAUGGUCUAUCACCUACAGACCUACAACACGGCGCACCUACAGUACAUAUGGGUUUUCUCUUUGAAUAAUGAAAACUAGGAGUAGCAGUCUGGCCUGCACAUU